AAUCACUCACAGUGUGCUGGGGAUAAAUAAGCUGCGUACGCUGUGUUUGCUAGCUGGUUUCAUCCUUCGGCGUGUUUUGCUGUUUUUAAUCGUUUUUAAAGUUGCUCUUUCGUUCAGAAGUGCUGUAUUUUACGGGAGAUGGGAGUCCCCGCGUUUUUCCGCUGGUUGAGUCGGAAGUAUCCGUCAAUAAUAGUACACUGUCUGGAGGAGAAGGCCAAGGAGUACAAUGGCUUUAAAAUCCCGGUUGAUACAAGCAAACCCAAUCCAAAUGAAGUGGAGUUUGACAACCUGUAUCUAGACAUGAAUGGAAUUAUUCACCCGUGCACACAUCCGGAGGACAAGCCAGCACCUAAAAAUGAAGAUGAAAUGAUGGUUGCCAUUUUCGAAUAUAUUGACCGUCUCUUUAACAUUGUUCGGCCUAGACGGGUUCUGUACAUGGCAAUUGAUGGUGUGGCUCCUCGUGCCAAAAUGAACCAGCAGCGCUCGAGACGAUUCCGGGCAUCUAAAGAAGGAGCGGAGCUUACAGAGGAGAAAAGCAAAAUGAGAGAAGAAGUUAUUCAGAGAGGUGGUUACCUGCCACCUGAGGAAAUAAAAGAACGUUUUGACAGUAACUGUAUCACCCCUGGGACCGAGUUCAUGGAUAAUUUGGCCAAAUGUUUGCGAUAUUACAUCGCAGACAGACUGACCAAUGACCCUGGAUGGCACAAUAUCACAGUUUUCUUGUCAGAUGCCAGUGUUCCCGGAGAAGGAGAGCAUAAAAUUAUGGAUUUCAUCAGGAGACAGAGAGCUCAGCCAAAUCAUGACCCAAACACACAUCACUGUCUCUGUGGAGCUGAUGCUGAUUUGAUCAUGUUGGGUUUGGCGACACAUGAAGCCAACUUUACCAUUAUAAGAGAAGAGUUCAAACCCAACAAACCCAGACCCUGCGCCCUGUGUGGUCAGAUGGGCCACGAGAUCAAAGACUGUCAGGGACUGGCCCGAGAAAAACAGGGCGAGCAUGAUGAAUUUGCAGACACAGUUCCAGUAUCAGAACAGGAGUUCAUAUUCAUCCGACUGGCUGUGUUACGAGAGUAUCUAGAGAAGGAGUUAACAAUGGCCAGCCUGCCAUUCCCAUUUGACUUCGAGCGGAGUGUCGACGACUGGGUGUUCAUGUGUUUCUUUGUGGGAAACGACUUCUUGCCCCACUUACCGUCUCUUGAGAUCAGAGAGGGCGCCAUUGAUCGUCUGGUUGGCAUCUACAAAGAUGUUGUGCAUAAGACCGGGGGCUACUUAACAGAAAACGGCUUUGUCAAUCUCGAGCGAGUCGAGCUCAUUAUGCAAGCCGUAGGGGUGGCAGAGGACAACAUCUUCAAAAAGCGCAAAGACGAUGAUGAGAGUUUUAAACGGAGAAUGAAGGAAAAGAAGAAACGGAUGAAAGCGGAGCAGGGUCCAUCGUUUGUCCCUGGUGGUCAGUUUGCCCCUCAGGCUCUGGGCGGCAGAGACAGACCCAUGGCGGUGCAGAACGCCAGACAAACUGCAUAUGAAAUGAGGAUGAAGGGAAAUCAGCGCAAUCAGGAAGCAGCUCAGUCCUUGAGAGCCAUGAUGAGAAAUGGAAAGAGUUCUGCUGGAGGCAGUGACGAUGUGGAUAGUCGUGGUGUGAAACGUAAAGCAGAGGACAGUGACAGUGAACCGGAACCAGAAGAUAACGUCAGGUUAUGGGAAGAGGGCUGGAAACAGCGUUACUACAAAACCAAAUUUGAUGUGGACGCAACGGACGAUGAGUUUCGUAAGAAAGUGGUGCAGUCGUACGUGGAGGGCCUGUGCUGGGUGCUCAGGUACUACUAUCAGGUAAGUCACUGGUACACAGAAUCCUCAAUCAUUGAUUUCUACCCUGAUGACUUUGCCAUUGAUUUGAAUGGGAAGAAGUACGCCUGGCAGGGUGUUGCUUUGUUGCCGUUUGUCGACGAGCGGAGGUUACGAGCAGCAUUAGCAGACGUCUACCCUGAUUUGUCCCCAGAGGAGGUAAGAAGGAACAGUCUCGGAAGUGAUGUCAUAUUUGUGGGGAAGUCCCACCCCCUUUGUGAUUUCAUCCGGGAGCUCUACCGUGCAGAAUCUCAUGAGGACACUGAGAUCCCUGCAGAACUUUGCCAUGGAAUCCAAGGUAUAUUAAAUCUAGAUGAAGACCCUAUUCUACCAGAUAAACCAGUGGAGUCGCCGAUCCCAACGCUGAGAGACAUCAGCAGCAACUGUGCUAUUGGAAUCAAAUUCAAGGAUCCGCAGUAUGAUGAUGGUUUUGUGUUCAAGGCUGUUGUCCUACCAGGGGCGAAGAUCCCUAACAAGGUUCUAAAACCAGGAGAUUGGGAGCGGAGUAACCGCGGCCCAUGGAGACCUCAACUGGGAUUUAACCCAAACCGCCAACAAGCCCAUUUGGACCAAUCGGCUUUCAGAAAGCUCAAUCACUAUGUGGACCGAAAUCAAGGGACGGGUCUGUUUGGCUCUGGCCCGCCUUUCGAGGCUCAGCAUAGGGGCGGUCAGUACAGCAAUGCCCCGCCCCCCAGAAACUAUCACCAAGGAAACUACCGUCCACCCCAAAGAGACCAUUACCCUCAAAACCAAUAUUCCAGACCACCUCCAGUGAACGCCAACGCCGAGUAUCCCAGAUUCCAGCAUGGAGCUCACGGUUGGGAUCGGGCCAUGCAGUCCCAGAGCACCGCGUACCAGCAGAACCAGGAGAGAGGACGAGGAGGAUGGAGACCCCCUCACAACCAGCAGGACAGCCGCGGGGGAGGACAUCAGCAGGGGUUUGGACAGGGUUAUGGGUUACCUCCACCCUCACAACGCUACAACUGGAACUGAACUCUCAGCCUUAUAUGAAAGAAGGCUUCUUAUUUUUUUUCCAAGUAAACAUUGUCUUUUUUGGG